AUGUAUCCCGACCUGUUUAAAGGGCUAGCUCUAAAGAAUGAAGAUUUAUCUAACUAUGAUACACCAUUAGUGGGAUUCGAUGGUCAAAUGGUGGUCCUUGAGGGGCAUAUCUCACUUCCUGUAAACAUGGAAGAGAAAGAGGUGAUGGUGACUUUCAUAGUGGUUAGCUCAUUUUCACUGUAUAUGGCUAUUUUCGGUAGGCCAUGGAUUCAUGCAAUGGGAGCAAUCCCGUCCACUUUGGAUGUUAAGGUCAAGUUCCACACUAAGCAUGGUAUUGCAACGGUGAGGGGAAAUCAACAAGUAGCAAGACAGUGCUUGGUGGUGGCUGUAAACUGGGAAAUAAAGCAAAAAGAUUCCUCCAAGGAUGUCCCUUUAUAG